GAGACCAGAGUGGGACAGCUGGGCUUCCAGGUAGGGUCAAAGAGAGGUGGGCAGCAGGUGUGGGGGCCAGGGGACUCAGGGACUUCCUCUCCGGCUGGGCCCGCCCGAUGUGGGAGGCAGCCAGGGUUAAUCAUUUCUACAAAGCCUUGACCCCACCUGCCCUGGCCACUCUGCUCCCGCCUCCCGCUGCCUUCAGACCAGCUCAGGAGCCAUGGGGCGCUGGGCCUGGGUCUCCAGCCCCUGUCCCUCCCUGGGGCUGGGCCCCUUCCUCCUCCUCCUCCUCCUCCUGCUGCUGCCGCGGGGGUCCCAGCCCCAGCCUGGCGGGAACCGUACGGAGUCCCCAGAACCUAAUGCCACAGCGACCCCUGCGAUCCCCACUAUUCUGGUGACCUCUGAGACCCCAGCAACGAGUGCUCCAGAGGCAGAGGGACCCCAACGUGGGGGGCUCCCGCCCCUGCUCAGGGCAGUUGCCUCGAGCAGCAGCCCCCAGGCCCAAGCACUCACCGAGGACGGGAGGCCCUGCAGGUUCCCCUUCCGCUAUGGGGGCCGCAUGCUGCACGCCUGCACUUCGGAGGGCAGCGCCCACAGGAAGUGGUGUGCCACAACUCACAACUACGACCGGGACAGGGCCUGGGGCUACUGUGUGGAGGCCACCCCGCCUCCGGGGGGCCCAGCUGCCCUGGAUCCCUGUGCCUCCGGCCCCUGCCUCAAUGGAGGCUCCUGCUCCAGUACCCAGGACUCCCAGUCCUACCACUGCAGCUGCCCCCGGGCCUUCACCGGCAAAGACUGCGGCACGGAGAAGUGCUUCGACGAGACCCGCUAUGAGUACCUGGAGGGGGGCGACCACUGGGCCCGUGUGCGCCAGGGCCACGUGGAACAGUGCGAGUGCUUGGGGGGCCGGGCCCGGUGCGAAGGUACCCGACAUACAGCUUGCCUGAGCAGCCCUUGCCUGAAUGGGGGCACCUGCCACCUGAUUGUGGCCACCGGGACCACCGUGUGUGCCUGCCCACCAGGCUUUGCCGGGCGGCUCUGCAACAUCGCGCCUGAUGAGCGCUGCUUCUUGGGGAAUGGCACUGGGUACCGCGGCGUGGCCAGCACCUCAGCCUCGGGCCUCGGCUGCCUGGCCUGGAACUCCGAUCUACUCUACCAGGAGCUGCAUGUGGACUCGGUGGGCACCGCGGCCCUGCUGGGCCUGGGCCCCCACGCCUACUGCCGGAAUCCAGACAGUGAUGAGAGGCCCUGGUGCUACGUGGUGAAGGACAGCGCGCUCUCCUGGGAGUACUGCCGCCUGGAGGCCUGCGAAUCCCUCACCAGAAUCCAACUGGCACCAGAUAUCCUGGCAACCCUGCCUGAGCCAGCCUCCCCGGGACGCCAGUCCUGCGGCAGGAGGCAUAAGAAGAGGACGUUCCUGCGGCCACGCAUCAUUGGCGGCUCCUCCUCGCUGCCCGGCUCACACCCCUGGCUGGCCGCCAUCUACAUCGGGAACAGCUUCUGCGCUGGGAGCCUGGUCCACACCUGCUGGGUGGUGUCGGCCGCCCACUGCUUCUCCCACAGUCCCCCCAGGGAAAGCGUCUCAGUGGUGCUGGGCCAGCACUUCUUCAACCGCACGACGGACGUGACGCAGACCUUCGGCAUCGAGAAGUACAUCCCCUACACUCUGUACUCGGUGUUCAGCCCCAGCGACCACGACCUCGUCCUGAUCCGGCUGAAGAAGAAAGGGGACCGCUGUGCCACACGCUCACAGUUCGUGCAGCCCAUCUGCCUGCCCGAGCCCGGCAGCACCUUCCCUGCCGGACACAAGUGCCAGAUUGCGGGCUGGGGCCACCUGGACGAGAACGUGAGCGGCUACUCCAGCUCCCUGCGGGAGGCCCUGGUCCCCCUGGUCGCCGACCACAAGUGCAGCAAUCCUGACGUCUAUGGCGCCGACAUCAGCCCCAACAUGCUCUGUGCCGGCUACUUUGACUGCAAGUCCGACGCCUGCCAGGGGGACUCAGGGGGGCCCCUGGCCUGCGAGAAGAACGGCGUGGCCUACCUCUACGGCAUCAUCAGCUGGGGCGAUGGCUGCGGGCGGCUCCACAAGCCAGGGGUCUACACUCGUGUGACCAACUAUGUGGACUGGAUCAACGACCGGAUACGGCCUCCCAGGCGGCUUGUGGCUCCCUCCUGACCCUCCAGCGGGGCACCCUGGUUCCCACCGUUCCCUGCCUUGCUGACAAUAAAGAUAUUUCCAAGAACCCA